AUGGGUGACCACGCAGCAAUCUGGCAAGGCUAUGUUGACUCCAGCCUGAUGGGCUCGCAGCAAUUCGACAAGGCCGGUAUCCUCGCUGUCGACUUCUCCGGUCUCAACGCCGCCUCCGCCGGCUUUGCCCUCUCCCAAGAUGAGAUCAACUCCCUGAUCUCCGCUUACACCUCCGCCGAUAACGCCUUCGCCAACGGUUUCUCCAUCGCCGGUGAGAAGUUCGUCACUAUCAAGGCUGACGAGCGCAGUCUAUACGGCAAGAAGGGUAAGGAGGGUGUCAUCGUGUCCCGCGCUUCCUCUUGCACCAUCAUUGCCCACCACGGUGAGGGCGUCCAGACCACCAACGCCGCCACUGUCGUUGAGAACCUGGUUGACUACCUCAACAAGGCUUAA